UUGAGUAAUUAUAAUUUAUUUGUUCAGUGAAAAUAAUUGACGAGUAUAGAGAUUGUUUUCAAUAAUUAAUUUUCAUUAUUUUAUUGUACUGUUACUACAAUAUGAAUAGAAUUCUUGUAAAUCGGUGUCGCUGUAUUAAAAAACCAACACUAUGGGAAACGCGACAUUACCAAAAUAUUCCAUAUAUUACUCUUUCAAGGUCAUUAUCAUAUUACACAACACAGCCACUAAGAUUGCAACAUGAUGUCACUCAAAAACCGUUGAACACAAUUGUCUCAUCCCCAUUUUAUUUGAGGAAUUUAUCUACAAGUAAUUACAACUUUGAAAAAGAACCACUGAAACCAUCAUCAAAAGUAGAAGCUACAGUUGUCACUAUCAAAAAAGAAAUUGAAGAAAAAGAGAAACUGCCAAAGAAAGCUGAACAAAAAAAGAGCAUUAAGGAAAGAAUUAUGACUGAGUUGAGGCAUUACUAUCAUGGUUUCAGGCUAUUAUUUAUAGAGAUAAGAAUUUCAACAUCUUUGGCAUUCAAAGUUUUAAGAGGAAGGUCUUUAACUAGAAGAGAACACAGAUUGUUAGUCACUACUAUUGGAGAUCUGUUCAGGAUGGUGCCUUUUAUUGUAUUUAUACUUGUACCAUUUUUAGAAUUUGCUUUACCAUUGUUUAUUAAAUUCUUUCCAAAUAUGUUGCCUUCUACAUUUGAGAGCAAGGAUCAAAAAGAUGCAAAGCUAAAAAAACAUUUAAAAGUAAAACUUGAAAUGGCAAAAUUCUUCCAGGAGACCUUAGAUCAGAUGGCACCUCAGGCUGGUAAUAGGCAUUCUGAACUUGCAAAAGAGUUCUCCAAUUUCUUCAAUCGCAUUAGAACAUCGGGUGAUGUUGCUACUAGUGAGGAAAUUAUGAAGUUCUCUAAGUUAUUCGAAGAUGAAAUCACUCUUGACUCUUUGCAAAGACCACACUUGGUAGCUCUGUGCAAAGUACUUGAUGUUACCUCAAUUGGAACAAGUGCUAUGUUGCGGUUUAAUCUUAAAAUGAAAUUAAGAUCUCUCUCAGCUGAUGAUAAAAUGAUUGCAAAAGAGGGAGUUGAUAGUUUAAAUUAUAGUGAAUUGCAACUGGCAUGUAGAGCAAGAGGUAUGAGAGCUUAUGGCAUAUCUGAGGAAAGGUUGAGAAAAGAGUUGAGGAAUUGGCUAGAUUUGUCAUUGAAUGAGAAAGUGCCACCAUCUCUUUUGUUGCUCUCGAGAGCACUGAUGGUACCAGAACAUGUACCCACUACAUAUAAAUUGAAAGCUACUAUUUCGGCUUUACCAGAACAGGUUGCUAUGCAGACCAAGGCUGCAAUUGGGGAAAAGGAAGGCAGAGUGGACUUCCAGACCAAAAUGGAGGUUAUUAGACUAGAAGAACUUAAGAUAAAGGAAGAAAACAGAGAGAUGAUGGAAGCUGAGCAAGAGAAAGCACUGCUUGAAGCUAAAAAACGGCAGAAAGAAGAACUUAAGGAUAAAGCCCCAAUUCUUGAAGAUUUUAAUUCAGUACUUGUGGAUCCAGCACCAGUUAUUGCAGUAGAUAGCCCCAAACCCAAAUCAGAAGAAGGCCUUUCCAACAAAGACAUUGAAGUUAUUGAAGAUGCUUUAGAGAAAUUAGCUGAACAAAAGAGAUCUUUAUUACUGGAGAAAGAGAGUAUUUCGGAACUGAAAACAGAGUUGUUGGACUACAGUGAGGAUGUUAAGGAAAUGCAUGAAAUUGUGAAAACAAAACAAGCUGAUCUCAAACUUACAAAAGGAGCAAGAAGGUUAUAUCGCGCUGUCAAUAAUAUGAUAAGCAAAUUAGACGCCGCUUUGGUUGAGUUGGAGAGCAAAGAAAAGGCAUUACAGGCGACACUGGAGCAAACGAAAACUGAGCCACAAAAAGCAAAGGAGCAACUCAUUCAAAUUGAUGAACUCAUGCAUUCCAUUAAGAGCUUACAGAAGGUGCCCGAUGAGGCCAAAUUGAAGUUGAUACAAGAUGUUCUUGGCAGGCUAGACGACGACUUUGAUGGCCAGUUGAAGAUUGAUGAUGUGCUAAAGAUGCUGGAAAUAAUUGGCAACGAGAAUGUGAAUCUAUCGGAGAAGCAGAUGCAAGAGCUGAUAGAGUUGCUGGACAAGGAAGAGAUAUUAGAAGUUGAGAGUAAGAUACAGAAGGCCCUGGAGAAGGCUGCCAGCGCCGCUAACGCUCCCAAAGAAGACAGUAAAGACAGUGAAGGAAAGAGUCUAUUCGACAUCAUCAGAGAGGCACAAAAGCGGCGUGAAAUGAAGAAGGCUGUGGAGAAAUCAGGCGAAGAGCCAUCAGUCCCAAAGAGUGAAGGUAUCACUGUUGUAAAGAAAGAGGAAAGCAGGGCUGAACGACCAGAAAGACAGUGAGAUAACUAUGGACUAACUGGGGCCCAGUCCGGAUACAUAUUAGAAUGUAUUAUAAAUGACCUAUUUAUAUAUAUAUCCGCGAAGCAAAGUAAUUCGGUCAUCAACUUUUUGACGACAAGGACUUGCCCGUUCACUAUUAAUUUAGAUUUCUUCUCGAUCAAUCGCAGGCGGUUCUAGCAUAACGUAGGUGCCACAUAGGUGUAAUUAUUAUACUUGGGUUGUCUGUAAUUAUUUCGUAAUCGCAUGAUCGUAUACCAACGUACGACAUGACACCAGCUGAUAUGAAACUUUCAUAAGUGUUACAUUAAUGUCAUUUGUAAUGUCAUUCAUAUACAAGUUUUGAAUUAUGACUCUGUGGUACUUCUGUCAAACAAUAAGUCGAGGUCCUUGAACAAAUGAGAUAGGUGAACGGGAAAUAAGUGAAGUAUGUUUGCGUGUGGUCAUUUGAGGUAACUCAGUAUUUAUUUCGAUGUCUCGUGUCUCGUAAUGUAUCACAGACAUAUUUCCUCCGCUUGUAUAUAGCCUAUUCUGUAUUUAGCGUGGUAUACUCACUUCAUAGAUAUACUCAAAUUUGUAGUACAACUUUAUCAAGGGCCGACAAAAGAGUGUAAAUAGUUGCUUGUUUAUCCGAAAAUUUGAGAAGCUGAAUUGAAUUAAAUAUGCGACUGUAAUAAAAUGUUUCGAAUAUAUUUGUCGGCUUCGAUGAAAUUGAUAGUGCAUUCAGAAAAGAGAUGGGAAACAAUUUGUGGCAUAGACAGACAGAGUGGAGAUCUAUAGACCGGACUUAGACAUUGCUCAGACAUUUUCGUAAAACUUAGAUGAGUGUGAUUAAACGCGAACUUGACUUUUGCAUUGGGCUUUCUUAGUUUAAGCUCAGUUCAAUUUCAGGUGUCAAUUGACUAUAAAAACGAUAUAAGAGAUUAUGCUAAGCUUACACUCGGCUAAGUUUUACGUAAGUAAAGUUUGAGCAAUGAUCUAUAGAUCUCAGUCUCUACAACUAUGUGAUUAAGGUGCCUCUUCACGGUGAUUUUAUAUUCGAUUAUUUCAAAUCCCAGUUUUUAUGUGGAGAUGACAUUCCUGUACCAAUUUAUGAAUAAAAUGAUAAUAACUAAUUACCGGCUGUCAUUCGAUAUAAAUUUUUCAAUAACUUAAUAACUAUUUCGAUGUCCCUUGAUAUUUUAAUUUUAAUUUUUUCAGAAAGAAUGUCUUCAUAUUAACUUUUAGAAAAAUUGUUUUACGUCACCGUGGAUAUAUAGCUGCGUUCAAAAUAUGUAAUUUGUAAAUAAUAUAUUGUACUUGUGUACAUGAUUCUAGUUUAAUUUAUUUCUACACUGGAUGUGUAGAGGAUACUAUUUCUUGUUACCAUUGCUAUAAGGUAUUUUAUGCCAUUUCCAAAUAACUUGAAAAUAACUAUAGUAUCACAUUCACUUCUAGUACUACAGAGUUACAAUACUGAGUGCCAAGUAUGAGAUUUUCUACUCUACAUGUUUUCCUCUACUGAUACUCUAUGGCGCUCUUUCGUUGACAAAUCUACAAAUCGUUGUUAACUCGAUCGAAUAGGUGGAGUAUAAGUGGGAGGCUCCUUUGCACAGGAUGCCAGCUAGAUUAUGGGUACCACAACGGCGCCUAUUUCUGCCGUGAAGCAGUAAUGUGUAAGCAUUACUGUGUUUCGGUCUGAAGGCCGCCGUAGCUAGUGAAAUUACUGGGCAAAUGAGACUUAACAUGUUAUGUCUCAAGGUGACGCAGUUGUAGUGCCAUUCAGAAUUUUUGGGGUUUUUCAAGAAUCCUGAGAGGCACUGCAUUAUAAUGGGCAGGGCGUAUCAAUAACCAUCAGCUGAACGUCCUACUCCUCUUGUCCCUUAUUUUCAUAAAACUGGCUGACUGUUUACGACUUGCCAGUAAAAAUAGGUUACAUUAACAACAGAUUCGCUUUCCUUUUCUAUCUUGCUGUAUCUCCGUUACAGAUGUUCGUCUGUCUCGCACGCUUAUUUAGUCUGUACCCUUAUAUAUUGUUAGUCUAUGGUAUUAUGUGUUAUACAAUUAUUUUAUCUAUACCCAUGCUUUAAAUCCUCUAUUAAAGAUUCCAAAACAGUUAGCUUAUUGCCAACAUUAAAACACCGAAUGUCCAAAUAACCAUUACAUCAACCAAACGAGUGUUGUAAUGAAAUUCACUGCAACAUUACAUCAUCCGUUUUCAUAAUAACACUCCUUUGGAUGAUAUUAUGGUUACUAGGACUGGCUUUGUUAAUGUUAGCAGUGAGCGAACUGUUUCAGAAUCGUUUAUAGAGGAUUCAUAUUAUGGGUGUAGAUAAAGUCUUGUAUGCAACUGUUGAUAAUUAGGUAUUAAAACACUCAUGUGAUACUAUUAUCACACUCUGCUUCAAACCCACAUUGUGUUUUAAUAAACUAAUGACAAUAUGUUAAUAUGCAAUACAAUUUACUCCCGAAGAUUUCUCCGUUGGAGGGUCUAAUAGCAUUUUUUUAAAUUAUAUAUUUGCAAUAGCGCUAUCAUGUAUUAUAAGUAGCAGUACUUAACGUUAAUUCAUCUACAUACGUGUCAUUUAUGUUAUUAAACGAUAAACGAUGUCUUCUGUAAACUGUUGAUGUGAAAAUGUAAUUUGAUUGAAUGUGUUGUUUGGUGUAGACUGUCAAUGACGUUUUAAUCAUAUAGACAAAUCAUGUCGUAUAAAAACGAAGCAGAAAUAUGGAACAUGUCACAAAUUACACCAUAAUAAACUUAGACUGAUAUAUCUAUACAUUGCCGCAUUUACACCAGUUGUUUAAAAUAGUCUUGAUCAAUAAGCAGCAAUGUAAAACAUUUAUUCAGUUCAGGUUUGAUUCGGACGGUGACACACACUACUAAGGUGAGUUGUCUUUAAGUACACUUUUGCCGUUCCGCUUUCAGACUGCGAAUGAUAUGUCCUUAUGAGUGUAUAGAAUAUCAUUGUAGACUAGAUAAUUGACAGACUGCUUUUUUUUGGGUGGGUGUAAAGUGAGUGUAUACUACGGUGGUAAAACCAACUUUGGGCCCUCAUUUGGCUUUUCGCAACUUAAAGGCUCGGAUGUAAAUUAGUGUAAAACUAGAUGUCAUUGCUUGACUUGAAGAUACAGGAUUAUUGUUGCGAUCGAGUAUUGGUUGAUUGAUAUAAUAUGACGGGUGGGGUUGAGCUUAAGUUGUUUUGUAUAUUUAUAGUUUUGGAAAAUAGUACUUUAAGCCAUUUUUGUAACACUAGUCCUAAGUUCUUUGUAAUUUUUUUUUCGCUGAACUUUAGAACUUAAAUAAAACCACAGACUAUUGAUUAUUGUAACAUUGAAUUUACGCAAUAAAAAUCAUUAUAUAAUAUAUAUAUAUAUAAUUCUAGCGUUUGUUGAAAACUUAAGUGAUUUCGAAUAAACCACAAUCUAGAAUGGUGCAUAUUUUGUUUAAAAUGUUUUUGUAAGCUGUUACCAUUACUGUUAUUUUAGUACUAACACUUUCUCCACCCUGUUUGUUUUGGAUGUAACGGCUUACCAGCUGGUUUGCAUUGGCAAACCAUCAAGGAUCUUAGUCAAAUAAAACCGAGGUAUAGGAUCAAGUCGCCUCGCCUAUUGACAAUAAGCAUUUUGUGUAAAUGUUAUCGGGUACAUGUUGUAAUUAAUAUAUUCCAGUCCAUACAUAAUUUUAUGUUUAUAGUCUAUGGUAUUGUUUAUAAUAAGGAAACUACUUUGAAAUCCUAGUUUUCUUUUUAAAAUAUCCAUUUAGAACAGAAGAAUGUAUAGUGUAGUAAGUUGUAAGUAGUUUUGUGGUCAGGCUACCCGCUGUGCAAGGAAAUUAGGAAAUAUAAAAUUUUUAGUACUAUUAAAUAUCAGUUUUCAUAAAAUACUACAGUAUUAUCAUUGAUAGGUCCUAAAAUAUAUCAUUGUUGUAAUUGUGACGAAAUAGUAGACCUGUAGAAUUCGAUUUAGUAUCUGGAAACACUAUCAUUCCAAUUUCCCGCCACAGCGUGAAGUGUGCCCAUUUGUUGGUGGAUUUUGUUUUUGGUUUGAAAGAGGUUUUAAUUUAUUCUUCAUUUUCUGUGAUCAUUAGUUGCGUUUGCACAAUUCGUCUUGCUUACUUUAUUUGUCUUUGGGACAAAGAAGGUUAAGUGGAGAUUUAAUAUUAAGAAUGUUGUUUACAAUACGACGGCGGGUAAGUAUACCGUACUUGAAAUUUUAUUAGAGGGCAAAUUCCUCAUGUAAUUUUAAAUGAUUGUGGGCCAUUACUCACAUUUGCAAGGCCAGGUGGCUUGGAGAUAUAAAAUUAUAUGAUUAAUAUAAUAUAGAUUCUCGUAUAUGAUUUUUAUAUUAUACACAUUGACAAGACUCAUUCCAUAACAUGAAUAUACACUUAUAAAAGAGGUAAUAUAAAUCGGCAUGGAUUUCUAAAGCGAUAUUUAAUUAUUCUAACAUAAAAUAACCUAAGCUUCAAAAACAAAAUGGCGCCGGUAUAGCGCGUUUCAUCAAAUAAUUUCUAUCAUGUUGGCUACCCUGUAUGUAAUAUUUAUCGACUAGCGAAGACCUACUUAUUUGAAAACGAUGUUAUAUGCGCAGCCAUAUAAAAAAUCUGAUAUGCGCCCGUGUCCAGAACACAAGCAGCCUAUACGAAGCUGAUGUGAUGUUGGAAAAGAAUGCAAUUAUCAUGGCGAUUACAACUCCAUCAAACUCAUAAAAUUAAAUAUACCUGAAUUCAAGGUUCACAUUAUUAAGGCAACACUUAUUUCAAUUGCUGCCAACAUAACGGCAUAUGAGCUAUUUGAUGAAACGCACUAUCCAUCGUGCAAAGACUAAAAGUUGACAUUUGUUUGCCCGCUGUCGCAUCUGUACAAACCAAACUUUAUGCUAAGUUGUGAUAAUGUUUUAUAUCUAUAACAAUUAAUUGUUCUAAUGAGUUCAUGCAUAUAAUGCCUAGAUUUAAACACAUUGUAUAGUAGUAGGGAGAGUAUUUUUUUUAAUGUAUUUAUUCAGCCUCGAGAGAACUAUGUAAAAACCUUCAUUUAUAAUAGAUACCUCCAGAGCUGUAAUGUUUUAAGAAAAUAAAUAUGUAUCGAUUUCA